AUGCCUGACUCGGUGCCGACCUCAUCCGCCCAGCUCAACUGCCUCUGCGGCGCCAUCACCCUCCCAGGCUCUGUGCUCGAUCAUCCAACGUUCCCCAUCCCAGAAGAGAUCUGUCAUUGUAACCCCUGCCGUUAUGUCUCUGGCUCACUGUCGCCCGCCUUCCCACGCCUCACCUCCGCACCACCGCCGGCAGUACUGGCCAAGCUCACCUGUUACUCAUCUAGCGACCGAUGCAACCGCUACUUCUGCUCCACUUGCGGUGCCCAUUGUUUUGUCGAGCACCCGCAGGUGCAGGACGAAUGGCACUGCAACGCGGGCAUCAUCGAUCCUCCAGCUUCCCCUCCAGUCAAGGAUGUCAUCCUCAUCACCAGCCAUGCCUAUAUCGACGACGCAAUUGAUGGCGGGCUCACGCCUCUCUUCCUGUCACCGACGUCUGGAUACGACCCCAGUGAUCACCUAUACCCGGAAGUCCGGGGCAAAAACGCCGUGAAGGCGUCCACUGUCCUUGACAUGGCAAAGAAGGCGCUGUCCUGUCCUUUGCCGGGCCCGGACGACACCCUUUCCGCCAAGUGUCACUGCGGCGGCGUCUCGCUGUCGAUCGAGCGUGCCGACUACGUUCGCAACCCGCACAAUGUUGGAUCGAGCAUGAUGCCCUCGCACCCGAACAAGUAUGUGGCCUGGUUCUGCGUGUGCCGAUCCUGCCGUCUCGCCACGGGCUACUCGCUGCAGCCCAUGGUCUACGUCCCUCCUGCCGCAAUCCGAAACGCCACCAAUGGUGCGCCUGUUGUCUUUGGACGGGCGGCCAAGGAACCCGGCGCCAAUAAGGGCUUAAAGCUCAAGCACUACCUGAGCACCGAGGACGUGCAGAGAAGCUUUUGCGGCGGCUGUGGUGCGACCGUGUUCUACACCUUUCUGGGGGAGAGUGACAACGGGGUGGUUGAUGUCAGCGCCGGGAUUCUGAGGGCAGAUAGCGGCAGUUUGGCAAGAGAGUGGGUGGAGUGGCGUGAUGGGUACAUGAGUCACGAAGAGGAAUGUGUCGACAAAAGUCAGGCCGAAUGUGUUAAGAAGGGUUGGACAGCACUGGGGCUGAACCAAGCAUAA